AUGACCAUCGCUAAUCUCACCAACGUAGAAAUCGCCAUAGAUAGAGGCGGAACUUUUACUGAUGUCAUAUACAAGUACCGUGAACACGAUGUUGAGAACGAAGAAACCUUCAAGUUGUUAUCUGUAGACCCUGCUAAUUACAAUGAUGCUAAUAUCGAAGGAAUUCGCAGAGUGUUAGAAAUGCUCACUCACUCAACUAUUGCAAGAGGUACUCCUCUUGAUACUUCGAUUAUUAGUUCUAUAAGGCUUGGAACCACAGUUGCUACCAAUGCUUUAUUGGAGAGAAAAGGUGCCCGAAUUGCUCUAGUCACCACGAAAGGGUUUAAAGAUUUGCUUCACAUUGGGGACCAGUCCAGACCAAAUUUAUUCGCACUUAACAUUGUCAAGCCUGGAGUGCUUUACGAAUCUGUUGUUGAAGCAGAGGAAAGAGUCACCAUGCCUGCUUUCACAGGUGACCCCACUGGUUAUGAUGCGCAAGAUCUCGUUGACAAUAUCCAUUAUGUACGUGGUGAGACCAAUGAAGUUUUUGAAAUUUUGCAACCAUUGGAUACCGAAAAGUUAACCGCAGAUUUGCUCCUGUUGAGAAAAGAAGGCAUUGAUUCUAUUGCCAUAGUCUUUAUUCAUGGUUUCAAUUUCCAGAAACAUGAGAAAAUUGCUGGUUCUAUUGCCAGAGAGUUGGGGUUCACUAACGUUUCACUUUCUCACGAAAUUUUACCAGUGAUCAAGACCGUUUCUAGAGGACAAUCUACUACUGUUGACGCCUACCUUACACCAAUUGUCAAGGAAUAUAUUAACAACUUUGUAAGUGGAUUUAAAACUGGUUUUGAAUCCCACACCAGAAUUGAGUUCAUGCAAUCCGACGGCGGUUUAUGUUCCUGGAACAACUUUACUGGUUUGCGCUCCCUACUCUCGGGGCCAGCUGGUGGAGUAGUUGGAGCAGCAAAAACUUGCUAUGAUGCUGACAAUCAGAUCCCUGUAAUUGGUUUUGAUAUGGGUGGUACAUCUACAGAUAUCUCGAGGUUCGCUGGGGAAUAUGAGUUUUCCUUUGAAAGUAUCAUCGCUGGAAUCAAAAUAGCUGCACCACAAUUGGAUAUCAAUACAGUCGCUGCUGGAGGUGGAUCUAUUUUAUUCUAUAGAAACGGUACCUUUAUAGUUGGUCCUGAAUCUGCUAGUGCACAUCCAGGUCCAGCCUGCUAUAGAAAGGGAGGUCCUUUGACUGUCACUGACGCUAACUUGUUCACCGGUAGAAUUAUUCCUGAAUAUUUCCCCAAGAUCUUUGGACCUUGUGAAAAUCUACCUUUGGAUUAUGAAGUUACCAAGAAGAAAUUCGAACAAUUGACGGAAACCAUCAAUAAGGAGAAUCCAGGUGCAACCAAGACUCCAUUGGAAAUAGCUUUGGGAUUCUUGAAAGUAGCCGAUUUCCAGAUGGCAAGACCAAUUAGAGACUUAACGGAAUCAAAGGGGCACGAUGUCAGCAAACAUGCUCUUGCUUCCUUUGGGGGUGCUGGUGGUCAGCACGCAACCUCGAUUGCAAAAAUAUUGAAAAUUAAAAAAAUCUUGAUUCACAAACAUUCCUCAAUAUUGUCUGCUUAUGGUAUUUCGUUGUCUUCUAUUGUAAAUGAACAACAGGAACCAGUUUCAGUAGCUUACAACAAACUUACUGCUUCUUCUUUGCUUGAUAGAUGUAACAAAUUGAAACUAAAGUCUCAGAAAGAACUAAUUGACCAAGGAGUCUUGUCGAAGUCUAUUGACUAUGAGGUUUUUUUCAAUAUGAGCUACAAGGGUUCUGAUACAAGAAUCAUGAUCAAGCAGGAGAAAGACCAAGAUUUCUUGCAAUCUUUUUACACGAGACACCAACUGGAAUUCGCUUUCAACGAUUUCGAGAAAUUGGUAUUAGUGACAGAUAUUAGAGUUAGAGCUACUGGCAGUACUUCUGUUCAGACUGAAGAACGUUCUCCAUACAAGGAUUAUGAUUCAAUUAAUAAGAUUGAAGUGGAUUCUGAUCUUGUACAGAAAUCUACAGACGUCCAUUUUGACCAAGGAACCUUAUCAACUAAAGUUUUUUUCUUACAGACUUUGCCUAUUGGCUCAGUGUUGACAGGGCCAGCCCUUGUUUUGGAUUCAACCCAAACAAUCGUUGUCUCUCCAGAUGCUACAGCUACCAUUUUACCAAGACAUGUAGUUAUCGACAUACAUACAGAAGAAAAACAUUUCAUUUCUACUGAUUAUGUCGACCCUAUUCAAUUGUCAAUAUUUGCAAACAGAUUUAUGUCGAUUGCCGAUGAUAUGUCACGAACACUUCAAAAGAUUUCUGUCAGUGCAAAUAUUAAAGAACGUUUGGACUACUCUUGUGCAUUGUUCGAUAACAAGGGAAAUCUCGCUGCUAAUGCACCAAAUGUGCCAGUCCAUUUAGGCUCCAUGUCUACGGCCAUCAAAUACCAGUUGCAACACUGGAAGGAUGAUUUGCAAGAAGGUGAUAUUUUAUGCACGAACUCUCCAAGUGUUGGUGGUACGCAUUUACCAGAUCUAACUGUUAUUUCUCCAGUGUUUAUCGAUGGCGUAAUCCAGUUUGUUGUUGCAGCCAGAGCUCACCACUCAGAAAUUGGAGGUUCUGCUCCAGGAUCAUCUUCAUCGUAUGCUAGGGACAUAUACGAAGAGGGUGCUAAUAUCGAAGCUUGGAAAAUUGUCUCCAAUGGAAAGUUUGAUUACCAGGGAUUACAGAAACAUUUCGUUGAUGUUCCAAGAAGUCAUGGUGUUUCCGGCACCAGAAAUAUAGACGACAACAUUUCUGAUUUGAAAGCACAAAUUGCAUCUAACCAAAGAGGUAUUAAUUUGCUAAAGGAUUUGUUUGAAGAAUAUGGUACUGAAACAGUUCUAUUCUAUAUGAAGAAUGUGAAGAAAUCGGCUGAAUUAGCAGUCCGAGACUUCUUGAAGAACUAUGCUAGUCGGAACAAGAAUAAGCUACCUUUGGUUGCUGAAGACUAUAUGGACGAUGGUUGCAAGAUUCAAGUUAAGAUUGACAUUGACGAGAAGAACGGUUCAGCUGUCUUCGAUUUUUCUGGCACUUCGUUAGAAUCAUACUCCAACCUCAACGCACCAAAAUCUAUUGCAUAUUCGACGGUUAUAUAUGUUUUAAGAUGUUUGGUAAAUUUAGAAAUUCCCUUGAACCAAGGGUGUUUGGAUCCUUGUACUUUGAUUAUUCCUGAGAACAGCUUAAUAAAUCCAAGUCGCUUUGCUGCUGUCUGUGCUGGUAACGGUAUGACUUCACAGAGGUUAACCGAUUGUCUAUUCAAAGCUUUUGGUCUAACAUCUGCUACUGGUGGUUGCAUGAACGGAAUUAACUUUGGCACUGGCGGAGUGGAUGCAAAUGGUGACAUGAUUAAGGGUUUCGGAUAUACUGAAACUGUUGGCCAAGGUAGCUGUGCUGGGAUAGUUGAUACUGAUUGUGAAAGGUAUGGAUUCAAUGGAUUCUCGGGAACACAAACUAAUAUGACCAACACUAAGAUCACCGAUCCUGAAGUCUUGGAACAAAGAUACCCCUGUUUGCUUCUUCACUAUGGAAUUAGGAAGAACUCCGGAGGUAAAGGUAAAUGGAAUGGAGGGGAUGGUUUGGUCAGAGAAAUCAAAUUUACUUCACCUGUCCAUGUUUCAUUGGUGACUCAACGAAGAGUAUAUCAACCUUGGGGUAUUUAUGGUGGAGAAUCUGGUGCCAGUGGUAAAAAUUUCUUGGGCAGAGAUAGAGGUAAUGAUGUUAUCCAAUGGAUUCAAUUGCCAUCAUUGGCUGAAAUUGAAAUAAGAAAGGGGGACAUUCUUAAGAUCAAGACACCAGGCGGAGGUGGAUUUGGGAGACCAGAAGACACUGAUGAAUUCUGGGGAAUCACGAAUCUGAAAAAGCAACAAUUCAAGGUCAUGGCUAUUAGUGAAGGGUCUCUCGGUAGCAUCAAAGAGGCCUCUAAUUCAUCCCAAUAG